AUGACUUGUCUUGUAGUUCUUCAAUUGAGAAAAAACAAUGGUGCUAAGUUUGCCAUGUGGUGAUACUCACUUAUGGUAUUCAUUUAUAUGAGUGAUUCCAUAGGCUCCAGCUUUUCCUGAUUCAGAAACACAAGAAAGGAAAUAGAUCAGACAAAAAAAGACAGUUCUUCAACGCCAAAGGCAACGAGAGACACAGAGGGUAAAUAGAUUAGAAGAAGCCGAGGUCGUAAAGUUAUAAUAAAGAAAAAGCUUAGUUAACCUUUUGUGUUGGCAAUGGAGUCUCCUAGUAUCCAUGGAGGUUCUGAGGAGAAGAGUAGUUGUGAAUCAGGAUGGACCAUGUACAUUGAAGACACCUUCCAUGGGAGCCAUCACUCUGAAGAAUACAAUGACGAUGAUGGUGAUGAUUUCCGUGUAAAAGAAGUCGAUGAUGAUAGUAGUAAAAAUGGGAGCGAUGACUCCAUGACUUCUGAUGCAUCUUCAUGGCCUAGCACUCAGCUUCCAAGGAACACCAAGAAUCAUGCAGAGGCCAAGAAUAGUAAUGCCAAGAAAGUCAAUCAUCAGACAAAGAACAGAGCUAGCGAAAAAUCCAGCAACCAAGAAGAAGAAUCUGAGUUCAAGGCUAGAACAAGAACCACUGCAGCUAGCCGUGUUCGAAGUAGAGACAAGGUGAGCAAAACCAAAUAAGACUCCUUAAUACAUGGUUUUAGUUUCCAUUGCUAUAUCCAAUGUUCUCUUUGGCUCAAGGAAAAAGUUUCUAGAGCUGAUAUCAAAAUCAUGUAGUUUUUUUUUCCAUUUGAUAUGUUAUUUUGUAAUUGCAUUGCUUUCUUUAACAGGAUUAUGUAUUCUUGCUAAAAGCAAAUCCCGUUCCUGUAACUUUAACAGGAUUAUAUGUACC